AUGCACUUGCCUCAAGAAUAUUGGAGGAAACAAACACUUUUUGAAAUUUCUUCUGGUGUGGGAACUCCCCUUAUCAUUGAUGAUGCUAUUAAAUCCAGGUUGUCUGGUAUCUAUGCUAGAAUUUUGGUGGAUAUUGAUAUGUCUGGCCAUUCCAUCCAACAAUGUAAGAAAAUUGGUUCCAAGCAGGAUCAGAAAGAUAGGGAAUUUGGUAAACAGAAGCAGCAGUUGAAACAUCCUCAGAUUGCCAAGAAGCAAAUUGGUAACUCGACCUCUAAAUAA